CAGCUGAGUGUAUACGAUUGGCCGCCGUUCUAAAUAUUCCAUACCCGCAGUUGCACACAGUUGUUUAAACAUAAACAACUUUAUUGAAAAUAAGAGUUUUUAACAUUAUUCCAUAUAUAUCAAAUAAAGAAAUAUAUUUUUUUAUUAUAAAAUGGCUGUUGUCAUCGAAACAACCAUAGGAGAUUUUACUGUGGAUUUAUUCAUUAAAGAACGACCUCAAACUUGUAAGAAUUUUUUAAAAUUAUGCAAAAUGAAAUACUACAAUUGGAAUUUAUUUCACUCUGUACAAAGUAAUUUCAUAGCACAAACAGGAGAUCCAACUUCUACUGGAACAGGAGGAGAGAGUGUUUAUGGAAUGAUUUUGGGUGAAAAGGCAAGAUAUUUUGAAGCUGAGAAAAUGCCCAAAAUUAAGCACGAUAGAGUUGGACUUUUGUCAAUGGUUGAUUGUGGCAAUAACAUGUUGGGUUCUCAAUUUUUCAUUACAUUAGCUGCAAACUUGCAUUCCUUGGAUGGGCAACAUUGUGUUUUCGGUGAAAUUUCAGAAGGUUUUGAAAUCAUUUUAAAAUUAAAUGAAACAAUUUGCGAUGGAAAGGACAGACCAUAUCAGGACAUUCGAAUAUCUCAUACUGUUAUUUUAGUGGAUCCAUAUGAUGAUCCUGUGGGGCUUUUAAUACCAGAGAGAAGUCCCGAACCUCAUAAGCAAGUUCUAAUGAGUGAUCGAAUCGGCGCUGAUGAGUCUAUUGAUGACACGGAAGGAAUGACUGCCGAUGAAAUUAUGGAAAUACAAAAAGAGAAAGAGGCAAAGGCACGAGCAACGAUAUUGGAAAUUGUUGGUGAUAUCCCCGAUGCUGAUAUGGCUCCACCCGAGAAUGUCUUAUUUGUUUGUAAAUUAAACCCGGUUACAAAUGAUGAUGAUUUGGAGAUUAUUUUCAGUAGAUUUGGAGAUAUAGUCGGAUGUGAAGUAAUAAGGGACCGUCAAAGUGGUGAUUCUCUUCAAUAUGCUUUCAUUGAAUUUGGUAACCGUAAAAGUUGCGAAGAGGCUUACUUGAAAAUGAAUAACGUAUUAAUCGACGAUCGACGAAUUCACGUUGACUUCUCACAAUCAGUGGCAAAGGUUCGCUGGCGUGGGAAAGGAAAGGGAUUUCAUUAUUUUACGGAGGGAACUGAAAAUUACAAAGAUCCAUCUAGGCAGAAGGGAAAGGAAAAAUAUCAUUCAAAUCAAGAUAUUCGUGAAAGUGCUUCUUCUCAUCGUUACAAGGAACAGGAAAGUAGACGUGAAUAUAAAAAGGAAGAAAAAAAGUCUGAUCAUAAAUGGAUGAAGAGUUACAAGAGAAAUUCUCACAGCAGUCGAUCAUCAGAAAAGAGAGAAGAACGUAAAUAUUCCAGAAGGAGUAAAAGUAGAAGUAGAAGUAGAGAAAUGGACAAUUAUAAAAACUCCCAUAAAGAUAAAUAUAAAAGUCACAAGAAAGAUAGGACUAGAAGAAAGUGAAAGUAAAUAAAUUAAAAAAACUUGAUGUUAUUUUUUACAAUGAAAUAUAGAAAAAGUGUUUUCUCAUAUUGAAAAUAUUUUAUUGUUUAAUAUUUAAAUAUAAAAUUUCAAUUUAAAUAAGGUACGUAUAUUGAUAGUGUUUGAUAAUUUUAUGUAUUGUACAUACUUUUAUAGUUGAAACAAACAAAAAUUUAAUUUCUUAUGUUAGGUGAAAGACAAGAUGUAGUAAAGUUACUCAAAACUUUAAA